CGUUGGUGCCUAUCUUUUUUCCUUGAUGUGAUAUUGGGGUGAUAAAAGAAGGGACGCGAUAACACUUGGUCACUCAUCGCUGCACCCUCGCUCUUGUACCUAUACUGCUCUUCUUGUCCUCAGCCGCUGUCGUCAAUAACCAAUAAUCAUGAGUGAAGAGAACCGUCCCACCAUCAGGACCCGGGUGCCGCUGGCGGUGGCUGCUGAGGUGGAGACGCUGAGGAAGGCAAUGAAGGGGCUGGGUACUGACGAGGCGGCCAUCAUCAGGGUGCUGACCGGCUGCUCCUGCAACCAGCGGCACGUUAUUGCCGAGCAGUACCACAAGACACACGAUAGGGACCUCCUGAAGGACCUGAAGAAGGAGCUGUCAGGGGAGUUUGAAAAUGUGGUCUUGGCUCUGAUGACUCGCACCAGUGACUUUCUGGCCAAGGAGCUCGAGCAUGCUGUUGAACAUAAGAACGGCGAGGCAAUAGUGCAAAUCCUGUUCACCUGCGACACUCCAGAAGUGAGAGCGAUCAAAACCGCCUUCAGGAAUUAUGACGAUGACACCCUGGUGGAGGAGCUGAAGGACGAGCUCAAGGGGGGAGUGUUCUUGGACGUGGCAGUGGCGACGGUGACUGGACAUCGAAGCGAAGGGUUCUGUGAAGAGGUCAGCAAAAAUGUGGCCAAGGCGAUCUUCCAUGGAGAGCACGGAGUCAACAAGGAUGAGGUGGUGAAGGCCUUCUCCAGCCUCUCCUUCAAGCAGCUCAAGGGCAUCUUCGUGGAGUAUUACAAGCUGGCGGAGAGGACCCUGGGCGAGGCUUUCGAUCUUGUGUAUAAGGGCGAGGAGAAGACCAACAUGCACGCUUUGUUCCAGUGUCUCAACAACCGCCACGCGUACCUCGCCUCGGCGCUGCACAAGGCAAUGGCUGGGCCUGGAACCAAGGACAGGGAUCUAAUUCGAUUGAUUGUGUCUCGCGCGGAGGUGGAUCUUCUGAACAUCAAGGAGGAAUACUUCAAAAUGUACAACAAGACUCUCGAGAGCGACGUCAAGGGGGACACCUCGGGAGAUUACAAGAAGGUGCUACUCACUCUCCUGAAGCCCAACUACUAAGAGAACACAGUCCAGUGCUCAGAGGACAUUCCUUGCUCCUUCCACGUGUAUGCAAGACACACGCAAUAAUCCUUAGGUCUCUCUCUCUCUCUCUCUCUCUCUCUCUCUCUCUCUCUCUCUCUCUCUCUCUCUCUCUCUCUCUCUCUCUCCCCAUAAUCAUCUCUCCAUAAUCAUGAAAACUGAUUUCAGAUAGAUUAUUGCAAUGCUCUUCUAAAAUUCGUAACACUGUUAAAAUAAGUUAAUAAAUAUAUUGGUAUGAUGAUAAAUACAACAAAUACAAAUAAAAUGUUUGUAUUAGUCCACUUGUGUGGUGUACAGAUUCUAUAAAGUAUACACUUCUAUAUAAGCACAUCAGCGGAUGACAUUAGACCAAGGAGAAUGUAUUAAUAAUGAUUUAAUUUACAUAAUCUGUACCAAAAGAAUAAAUUUGAAAAAAAUA